AUGGACUUGGAAACAGAUUUUGAAACUUUUUAUAACUGCACUCAGCAUAUAUUGGGUCGCGAUACUUCUUGGGAUAACUUAAACAUAACUGAGCUGCUGGAUCUUAUACCUAAACAAAUUCAGGAAGAUAUUCAUUUAAAAGUUACUCUUGGAAACUGUAUGGGUCUCGGACAAAGACCAUACAGUCCACCAUGGUGGGUACAACUUGUAUGGUUUAUAGUAUUUGCUAUUAUGCUACUUUUCGCGAUAUUAGGAAAUACCUUAGUUAUUUGGAUUGUAUUAGCACAUCGUCGUAUGAGAACUGUAACCAACUGUUUCUUGGUAAAUUUGGCUGUUGCGGAUCUUCUUAUGGCAACUUUGAAUGGAGCCCCAAACAUUGUAUUUUUGGUAACAGCUAAUUGGCCCUUCGGCUUGAUUACUUGCAGAGCUAGUAAUUUCACGGCUAAUCUUACUGUAUCAGCUGGAGUUUUCACGCUCGUUGCUAUCACUGUAGACCGGUAUGUAUCAAUAGUGAAACCACUACAGCACAGGCUUAGCAGAAAAGUAGCGCGUGCAGCGCUAUUUACUGUGUGGAGUUCCAGCGCUUUACUUGCUUUGCCGACACUGAUUUAUUCCGACACUUAUACAAAAAAGUACGUAAAUGGUGAACGUGAGAUAUGCUUCAUUAAAUGGCCAGACGGCAGCUACCCUACUUCUAAAACUGAUUACUGCUACAAUUUGGUAUUCUUGUUUGUAACUUACGUGGUCCCCAUGUCAGUUAUGGUAUGGGCUUAUGUUCAAAUGAGCGCAGCGCUUCGUGGGCACGCAAUUGGAGAAUGCACACCCCAUCAAAAGCAGAUUGUUCGAUCGAAAAGAAAGGUCGUCCGUAUGUUUGUCCUUGUGGUGGUUGUAUUUGCUCUGUGCUGGCUGCCGUACCAUGCAUACUUUGUGCUGGUAUAUCAUCACCAGUCCUUAGCAUCAGCGCCUUUAGCCCAACACAUCUAUCUAGCGUUCUACUGGUUAGCGAUGGCUAACUCAAUGUUUAAUCCCCUGAUAUAUUACUGGAUGAGCAAUAAGUUUAAGGUAUAUUUUCGCAUAGUGCUCUGCUGGUGCCGUCCUGCUGAACAAGCCACACCCAAUCACCUGACGAAGCAAUUUGAAAUGAAUAGAUCAUUCACGGUGAGCCAGAGGAAUUUUCGCUGCGCUUCUUCGUUUACCCGAACCUGA